UGCCGUACAGGGGGAUCAUGUUCCUGUCCAAUCCCUCAUCUCAUGGGUUGUUGAAAGAUCUUGGCAAACUUGCAGAGUUGAAAGGACGGGGUCUGAUUCUUGACCGUCACUUCGAGACGAUAAAAACACAUGUGAAGGCGGGAAACUCCGUCGCGAAGGAGCGGUGGGACGCCAUCGAGAGCGCGUGGGGGUUGAAGAAGAACGGUAUCUUCGACGAAGGACAGUGGAUCGCGCAGAUUGAUGGUGAAAUCCAGGGCAUUACCAGCAGCACCCGCCUGUCCUUGCCAUCCCAACAAGAUGCCAGCAGCGCACGAGGUGCUGCUGCACCUUCUCAGCACCCACCUGCUGCUGCAGCGGGUACCGCGAGGAGGAAGGUGGAACGAGAGAAGCACGCCAGGGAGAGAGCUGCCAAAGGUACUUUAGGCGGCAGCAUCUGCAACGCGUUUUCGAUUGGCAGCGGACAACCGAUUGAGCGGACUCGUGGUGGAGUAAAAGAGUUCGUAUCCGGUAUCAGCUUCCCGCCUCCGGCCCCGGAGUCCCGACGAUCCUGCCCUCACUGUCCCAUGACCUUCAUGAACGAGCAAGGCCUUGGGAUCCACGUGAGAACGCAACACAGCAGUGCAACCAUGUCCAACGGCGUGCGGCUGCGGCGGAUGCUACGGAAGAAUCUCGGAGGGCGUGUCCUGCCGUGGGAAGAAGCCGGGCCUGGGCGUUGUUGGCACGUGAAGGUCGAUGAUGCGACGGGGGCGGCUUCGUUUGUCCUCCAGCGGAAGCGCUUUCUCGAUCUAGACUUGGAAAGCGACGGCUUUAUGGACCGCGAAACCAAGGAAGCUCGUGGAGCUUCCAAGCGCAGGCGAUACGACUAUAGGUUCAAAGCCAAUGCUGUCAACCAGCUGCGCAUCCUCGAGGACAACGCCGCGGACCUCUGCAAGGAAGAGGAGCGCACGCCUCUUCAGUACUUAGAGGAUCGUCUCAAGGUUCACUACAGCAACAUCGUGAAGUGGGCCAAGGACGAGAAGGCCAUAGUCGCGGCGGCAGCAGACGACGUGAAGAAGAGCCUCCUCGCCAAGCAGCAGCCUAAGCGGUGGUUUCCUGAGGCAGAAAAGAGGCUUUACAAGAUGUUCGUGGAGCAGUGUAAGGGGAAGCUGAAGGUAUCGACCCUGUGGCUGACGAUCACGUUCCGGGAGCUCGUGGGAGAGAUGUAUCCCGGGGACCAACGGGCGGCGGCGUUCCGCGCAUCCUUCAGGUGGGCACGAAAUUGGGCCAAGAGGCGCAACCUGUCCAAAAGACGUCGGACCAACCUCAAAUUCAAGUCUGUUGAGGAGCGUCUACCAAAGAUCAGGCGCUUCCACCGACUGUUUCGCAAGUUCCUGCAAGAGCCGGUACGGUACAGGACGCCCGAUGAAUCAGACGUAUCGGCGAUUACGACGGUCGCAGAGAGGGAGUCCAGAGUUUCCAAGUAUGGCCAUUUCCAGCUCUGGGAGCGUUGGAAUGUGGAUCAAGUGCCUUUGGCAUUCGUAAACGGGCUGCUCGAUACGUGGAAGGAGCGAGGUGCGAAGCAUGUCGCCAUCUCACAGCUCUUUCCUGGCCUAGAGAAAAGGCAGUGCACCAUGCAAGUCAUCUUUGGUCCGGGUGAGAAGGGCUUGCGAAUUUCGGUGAUUUUCCGAGGCACGGGGAAGCGGAUCUCGCCGGUGAAGAAGGCCGCGUACCACAAGGACGUGGACGUGUUUUCCCAGGAGAAUGGAGUGGGCCGACCAAAGUUCUGUAUGGAGUGGGCUAAGAGGUCCUACCGCGAAGGACUGAUGCGUGGGCGGGUUGACAGCCGCCAACAAAGUACNGGCUUGCGAAUUUCGGUGAUUUUCCGAGGCACGGGGAAGCGGAUCUCGCCGGUGAAGAAGGCCGCGUACCACAAGGACGUGGACGUGUUUUCCCAGGAGAAUGGAGUGGGCCGACCAAAGUUCUGUAUGGAGUGGGCUAAGAGGUCCUACCGCGAAGGACUGAUGCGUGGGCGGGGUGAGCUUCCCAAGGCGAGGUCCAUUCUUAUCAUGGACAACUUGCACGCGCCGACGACGGACGAGUUCAAGGAGUAUCUUGCAAUGGACCUCGCUCAAAANAAGAAGGCCGCGUACCACAAGGACGUGGACGUGUUUUCCCAGGAGAAUGGAGUGGGCCGACCAAAGUUCUGUAUGGAGUGGGCUAAGAGGUCCUACCGCGAAGGACUGAUGCGUGGGCGGGGUGAGCUUCCCAAGGCGAGGUCCAUUCUUAUCAUGGACAACUUGCACGCGCCGACGACGGACGAGUUCAAGGAGUAUCUUGCAAUGGAGUGCAACACUCUCGCCUGGUAUGGCCCUUCGGAGUGCACGGACGAGGUGCAGCCAGUUGAUGCAGGAGCCGGACGAGUUAUCAAGGUGGAAGCUGGGAGGCAGAUGGACAUGUGGCUCGAGCAGUCGGACAACCUCGAGAGGUGGGAAACCGCGGCGCUGACAGCUUCUGAUCGGCGGGAACUGAUCACUCAGCGGAUUGGAGCGGCCAUUGCAAGACUCAACAGCCAACAGGCGUUCCGCUUCCGCCUUUUCGAAAAGUGCAGGAUGGCCAUGACUGUGGACGGCUCAGGCGAUGAUCGGAUCACCGUGGAGGGUUUGGACAAGCCGUACACCUUCGCAAACGAUGAAGACUGUAGCGAGGACGAAGAAGGUUUGGAGAACGGCAGCGAUGAGCCUGAGGGGCGGGGGAAGGAGGGCGAUGGACGUGAGACGGUCGUGGAGGGCGCUGAUUCCAGCGAUGAUGAAGACGACGGCGGCACGUCUCAAACCCAGACCGAUGAGCUAGCUCUUAUCGACGACGACGACAGCAUGGACCCACAAGACCCGGAGGACGAGACACAAGGAAUGGAGAUCCCGACAGGCUUUCGCAUUCAAGAAGUUCAACCCGUUGCUCUUGACAGAUUGCUUUUGCGACGUGGAGUGCUCGUUAGGCUGGGGAUGGGGUGGUUUUGAGGGUUGAUCAAUCAACUAUCUCAGCAGGACACUCGCCACCUGUACCACUACUGUGUGCAGCUGGAG